AGUAUUAUAUUAUACUACCUAUAUCUCAAGAUAUAAUUUUAGACUUCAGAGACAUUAGAAAAGUACAAAAAUAUUACCCCGACACAUGGUAUAUUAUUCCAACAGUGGAUUUCAAAGCAUUUGAAAUACAUGGUGCUUCGGAUAUCCCUGUUGUGUUUGAUAUAUAA